UCAAAGUGUAGGUUCCAUUACGUGAAUCACUGUUUAUCGUAAUUCGAUAUUCGUGAGUUUGCCUGUCGGCAAACGACGCGAUCGCGUGAAAGAGAGAGAAAAAGACAAAAAAAGCGUAGAAAGUCUCCGACGCAAUGACGGAACACGAGCAGAGCGCAAUGUUUGUGCGUGUGUCGUCGGCGUUCUUUUACGGGCUGUCGUCGUUCAUGAUCACCGUCGUCAACAAGACGGUGCUCACGUCGUUCGCUUUCCCGUCCUUCCAAGUGUUAGGCAUCGGCCAGAUGUUGGCGACGAUCCUGGUGUUGUUCGUCGCCAAGAGGCUGCGUUACGUCGAGUACUCGAACUUGGAGGCGACAACGUUCACGAAGAUCUGGCCGUUGCCGUUGAUCUACAUCGGUAACAUGAUUUUCGGCCUGGGCGGCACGAAGCAACUGAGCCUGCCGAUGUUCACCGCGCUACGACGGUUCAGUAUACUCAUGACCAUGAUCGCUGAAUACUACAUCCUCGGCAUCAAGGCGCGACUGUCCAUACAGCUGAGCGUCUAUACCAUGAUUCUGGGUGCAGUGGUAGCCGCGCUCAACGAUCUAGCUUUCAAUCUGGAGGGCUACAUUUUUAUCCUGCUGAACGACUUCUUCACCGCCGCCAAUGGCGUGUUCAUGAAAAAGAAACUAGACUCCAAGGAAUUGGGCAAGCAUGGACUAAUGUACUACAAUUCUCUGUUCAUGCUCGGCCCGACGGUCCUGUUGGCUUGGUGGAUGGGUGACAUCACCCAGACACUGGACUUCCCCGACUGGACGAAUCUGAUGUUCGUCCUACAGUUUGCUCUGUCAUGCGUAAUGGGCUUCAUACUAUCGUACAGUAUGAUCCUCUGCACGCUGUACAACUCAGCGCUGACCACCACCAUCAUUGGAUGCCUGAAGAACAUAUGUGUGACGUAUCUCGGCAUGGUGAUCGGUGGGGACUAUAUAUUUUCGUGGCUGAACUUUGUAGGGUUGAACUUGAGUGUGAUAGGUAGUUUAGUGUAUACCUGGGUAACGUUCCGUAAAAGAGACACUCUGUCGCCAAAGUUCAGCCUAUUGACCGAGUCUCAGGCCAGCAAGAUACAAGCUGUAUGAUUGUAACUCUUGCAGCACAGACGCUGGUUGCGAGAGCGUGAUGUGUCCUGGGUAUUAGUGCUGUCAGUAUAAUCCGAGUAUUUCUAUACGUGGGUAAUACCCCGGGUACCUAAACUCGCGGGUAUUAUCCGGAUAGUAUCCAUAUUCAUGGGUACAGGCUGAUUAAAAGCGACAACACUUUUUCUCGAUAAAUUACGUAACAUAUUCCGUAUCCAAUAGAAGAAUUUGUUUUUUAGCAAUUCUUAGAAGAUACGGAAUGUAUCCAAUAGAAGAAUUUGUUUUUUAGCAAUUCUCAGAAGAUACGGAAUGCUUUGCAAAAAACUUAUUGAGAGAAAGUGUUGCUACACUUAAUCAGCUGACUAUACCACUCGGGUAUCCACACUCGCAGGUAUUACUUGGGCAAUCAGAUAGUAAAUAGUUAUGAGUAAUGCAAUAACUCGGUUACGCAAUGCAUUUGCGUUUCGUUAUUUGUUAUUGAUUGCAUUCAGCAGAAGAAGCAGCUUAAUAAGCGUUUUCCACUAAAUUGCCGGCAACUUUGCAACUGCUGUGUAAUUUUCUAUUGAAUUACACUUGAGCAGUUUACACUUUUCCAACAUGUUUACCAAGUGAUCCAGCAUGUUAAAAGUAUGCUAGAGAAAAGCGAGCGCUUAGUAAACAUGUUGGGACAUGUAAACUGCUAGUAUAUAGUACGGAAGACUUGGAAUACCCGAGUAGUCAAAAUUGACGGCACUACUCGAUAUGAUGCGCUUGUUCGAAAAAUUUGUUAGCAUAUUUGCGAGACAUGUGACGGUCAGUAAGUCUUUUCUUUAACCGUAAGUUAUAUUCUCGUUGUUACAUGCGUGCUUCUUCGGCCCGACGUAACGACGAUGUGAUUAUCGUUGCUCCUUGUUUUAGUUGUAGUAUCUUUUCAAGCAUUUCUGUUCCUGCUGUACAAAAUGCUCUUUAACUUUGAAUUGAGUUACAGAGUUGUCGAGAUGUCGUCGACAAGUCGACUGUAAAAUGUACCAAAGUGAAAUAAUCGUUACCAAAUAAGUAUUACACGUUACAGACGAAACGUGACGCGGGUCAAUUAAGGAACAGCAUCGCCAUAAAGUUAGAUAUAAUUUAAUAUGUGUACAUAUAUACUGCGGCCACUUCAAAAUGGAAAUAAAUUUUAUUUAUUAAUAAA